CCUCCAACCCUCCCCCUUAGGCCAAAAAAACAAAGAGAAAGGAACCCCACAUCAAAAGGAAAUAAUGGGUUCUUCAAUGAAAUUAUCAUUGGUCCUCUUCUUUGCUUGCUCUAUCUUUGUCCAAACAACAUUAGCGGACGUGAUUUGUGAGAAUUUGCCCACAAAUCUGUGUUCUUUUGCAAUUGCGUCAUCGGGAAAGAGAUGUGUGUUGGAGUGCCACAAAAAUACACAAGAAAAAAUAUGUAAGACAUCAGAGAUCGUAGUGGAGAAAUUAUCUGGAUACAUUGAGACAGAUCAGUGUGUGAAAGCGUGCGGUGUUUGCCGUGAAUCUGUUGGGUUAUCCUCCGACGCGCUCCUCUCAUCAGAGUUCACUGCCCAUCUCUGUUCUCCUGCUUGCUACCAUAACUGCCCUAACAUUGUCGACCUCUUUUUCAAUCUUGCUGCCGGCGAAGGAGUAUCUUUGCCAGCUCUUUGCAAGAAUCAAGAAGAGAAUCAUCGAUCCAUGUUGGCAAUUUUGUGUCACGGCAGCAUCACCCCCGGUCCAGUAGCUGCUCCUACAUCUUUUUAAUUUUUGCGAUCGAAGAUUAUAAAUUCAAUUCUAAGCUCAUCAUUCAUUAACAUUUAUAGAGAUAUUAUUAAUAAAUUCAUAGAAAA